AUGGAGAUGAAGAAGCGCAUCGCCCUGGAGCUGAGGAACAGAUCCCCGGCAGAGGUGACAGAGUUGGUUUUAGACAAUUGCCGGUCUAGUGAUGGAGAGAUUGAGGGUUUGAGUGAUGGGUUGAAAGAGCUGGAAUUCCUCAGCAUGGCCAACGUAGAACUUUCUUCUUUGGCAAAACUUCCACAGCUGUCAAAACUCAGAAAAUUGGAGCUCAGUGACAACAGUAUCUCCGGAGGCCUGGAGGUGUUAGCAGAAAGGUGUCCUAACCUCACUUACCUCAACUUAAGUGGUAACAAGAUCAAGGAUCUGAGCACAGUGGAAGCUCUUACAAAUUUAAAAAAUCUGAAGAGUUUGGACCUCUUUAAUUGUGAGAUCACCAACAUAGAAGAUUAUAGAGACAAAAUAUUUUGCAAACUUCCACAAAUUACAUUUUUGGAUGGCUUUGACCAGGAAGAUAAUGAAGCCCCUGACUCUGAAGAGGAGGAUGAAGAGUGUGAAGAAUACGAAUAUCCUGAAGAUGAGGAUGAGGCCGGCCCUCCGGGAGAGUAUGAGGAGGAAGACGAGGAGGAGGGUGAAUCCGACUUGGGGGAGGAGGAAGAGGAAGUUGGGCUAUCCUAUUUAAUGAAAGAAGAGAUACAUGAUGAAGAGGAUGACGAUGAUUAUGUUGAGGAUGGUGGUGAGGGAGAAGAGGAAGAGGAGGAUGAAGAA